AUGAAAGUGCCAGUGACAUGGGUGUUCUUAAUGUGUUGCAUCUUUGGUUGCCUAAGUAUAAUUCAUAACAAUGAAUUCGCCGAAGCCAAGAGAUUUUCUAAAUUUGAAGAUUUAGAAAUCGAGAAGAGGCUAAAGGCUAUGAACAAACCCGUAGUCAAGAUCAUCAAGACUAUAGAUGGAGAAAAAUAUGGAUGCGUGGAUUUUUUCAAGCAACCAGCAUUUGAUCAUCCUUCUAUGAAAAAUCACACAUACCAUUACAAGAUGCGUCCAAUAUGGAAGAGAAUGAUGAUAGAAAAAAAGACAAACAAUUCUGGAUUUGGUUACUUAUGGGAGAAUGGUGUGGGUUGUCCCAUUGGCACGGUCCCUAUAAAAAGAGUCACCAAAGAAGAUCUUUUAAGACUAGACUCAUUUGGUGAUGAUUAUAAACCUAGUGGCUCAUGGAACACUACUGCAGAUGAUCCUAAUGAUGUUCUCAAUUACAAGACACAUCAUUAUGCGGUGGCUCGAUCAAUAGACCCAGAACAGAGGUUGAAUGGAGCAACAAUGGAACUUUGUAUAGCCGCGCCUAAGGUUGCGCCAACGCAGUUCAGUACUUCUCGACUUCACAUUCAGAUGGGAAAGGAAUUCAUCCAAACCGGUUUUACCGUAAAUCCAGGAUUGUACAAAGACCACAAACCUCGGACUUUCGUCUAUACAAAUGCAGGUGGGAAAUCAUGUUACAAUAGCAACUGCGACGUUGGAAUAAUGCUCGUUCGUCAAGAUUUUCCACUUGGUACGGCAUUAACGCCAGUAUCUGUUCGUGGUGAUAAGAUAAGUCACUAUGGAAUCUUUGGUCUAAUCAAGGACCAAAAAAAUGGAAACUGGUGGUUGCAAUUUGGUGAUCAGGGAGAAGAAGUUGGAUUUUGGCCGUCGACUAGGUUUCGCGAACACUAUGGGAAUUUGGUCGAGUGGGGUGGAGAAGUGUAUAGCGCAUCACUACCGAGUCCUGAAAUGGGAUAUGGAUAUUUUCCUAAGGAAGAGGAAGCUUAUGAUGUAUAUAUGAAACGUAUAUCGGUACUCGACGAUGGUUAUAACGUAGACCGAAGUGUGGACUAUCUCCAACAAUUUUCAGACGACGAACGCGGCUAUAGAGUGAUAGACGACACCAAGAUUUCCAAAUACCCUCGUGCCGGUCAUAUUGUCUUCUUUGGUGGUCCGGGAAAAAUAUGA